AUGGAACCGAUGACGCUUGGUAGCCCUAGUGGCAGUUCGCUUACCGGCGUAACCACCGGACCAAGCGGAACCGGUUACUUGCCGUCCUUUUUAAUGGGAGAUCCACCUACCACGCCGCGCCCAACAACACUCUCGCCGACCCGCGGUCGUUCAUCGCUUGCCUAUCCACACGGCUUGAUGGGAUCACCGUCGGAGGGUCUGCGCUCCCCAACCAUGCUACACCAACAGCAGCAACAACAUCCCCAUCAGCAGCAGCAGCAACUGUCCUCCUCUUUUAUGCAUCCGCAUACGCCUCAAGGUCAUGCCGUACCACACUCUCAGCGAUAUCUGCAAAACCCUCAACCAACACUACAAGCCGGCAACUUGACGAACCACUUCCGCAACGAGUCAUUCGAUGCCAACUCCAGCAUCACGGGACCACCGACGCAAGGGCUAUUCGAUUCGUGGCGCAAGGAGAAGCAAUUGCUGCAAACACCGAUCCGUACACAGACGGGCAAUAAUGGAGUCGAUCAAUCGGGUGCCGGCUCCGGCCAAAAUCCCCCGUUCAACGAAUCGUUCCACAACCAGAGUGGAUUUAAUCUUUCGCGCGUAAUGUCACCGAUACCGAUAGCAACGGACCUCAACAAUCGAAACACGAGCAUCUCCCCGAACGCGAUGUCUCCCUUUGGGGGUCAGCAACAGCAGCAGCAGCAGCAGCAACAACAACAAACCCAGGUACAGCAGGCCGCCAAAUCAGCCAAUUGGAUUACGGUGUUUGGCUUUCCGGCGAAUGCGGCAUCCAAAAUUCUGUCCCACUUUAUCGGCAUCGGUACGAUCGUGGACAAGCAGGCACCAUCGCCACAGAACGGGAACUGGGUACAUUUGCGGUACAGCUCGCGGCUUGAGUGUGACCGGGCGCUUAACUACAAUGGACGUAUUAUAAGCCAGGGACUAAUGAUCGGUGUACAGUACUGUAACGAUCCGGCCAUCUUGGGAAAGGAAAAUGAGGGCAACGAGAAUGAUACCACUGCGUUAUCGUCCUCACCGCAGGACAAACCGCUUUGGCGGGUCCGAUCGCUUAUGAACAUGUCGUAUACGGCGAUGCAGGAUCCACAGGCCGUCAUUUCCGCACCGCCGGUACAGAAACGUGGCACCGGGAUCGUUAAUAAAGCGAUGGAUCUUUUCUUCGGAUGGUGA